GCCGUCCUCCUCCUCCGCCCCACCUGCCCCGUUCCCGAUCUCCCAGGCAAGCAGCUCCGCCGCGGCCGCCAUGGCGUUCGAGAAGAUCAAGGUCGCCAACCCCAUCGUCGAGAUGGACGGCGAUGAAAUGACCAGAGUGUUCUGGCAGUCCAUCAAGGACAAGCUUAUCUUCCCAUUCUUGGACUUGGACAUCAAGUACUACGACCUGGGAGUUCUGCACCGUGAUGCAACCGAUGACAAGGUCACGGUGGAGGCUGCAGAGGCCACUCUCAAGUACAAUGUGGCUAUUAAGUGUGCAACUAUUACUCCAGACGAAGAUCGGGUUAAGGAGUUCAACCUAAAACAAAUGUGGAGGAGCCCAAAUGGCACAAUUAGGAACAUUAUUAACGGUACUGUGUUCAGAGAACCAAUUAUUUGCAAGAAUGUUCCAAAGCUUGUUCCAGGAUGGACCAAGCCCAUUUGCAUUGGAAGGCAUGCCUUCGGUGAUCAGUACCGAGCAACUGAUGCAGUUCUUAAGGGACCUGGCAAACUCAGACUAGUUUUCGAGGGGAAAGACGAGACAGUUGACCUGGAGGUUUUCAACUUCACCGGUGCUGGAGGAGUUGCCUUGGCUAUGUACAACACAGAUGAGUCAAUUCAAGGUUUCGCUGCGGCUUCUAUGGCAAUUGCCUAUGAGAAGAAAUGGCCAUUGUACCUUAGCACGAAAAACACAAUCCUUAAGAAAUAUGAUGGCAGGUUCAAGGACAUAUUCCAGGCGAUCUAUGAAGCUGACUGGAAAUCCAAAUUUGAGGCUGCCGGAAUAUGGUAUGAACAUCGUCUCAUUGAUGACAUGGUUGCCUAUGCACUUAAGAGCGAAGGAGGCUAUGUUUGGGCUUGCAAGAACUACGACGGAGAUGUGCAGAGUGAUUUCUUAGCUCAAGGUUUUGGCUCUUUGGGCUUGAUGACAUCAGUAUUGAUGUGCCCUGAUGGUAAAACCAUCGAAGCUGAAGCUGCCCAUGGCACAGUUACCCGUCAUUUCCGUGUUCACCAGAAAGGUGGUGAAACCAGCACAAACAGCAUUGCUUCAAUCUUUGCUUGGACAAGAGGACUUGCACACAGGGCAAAGCUAGAUGACAAUGCUAGGCUUCUUGAUUUCACACUGAAACUUGAGGAAGCAUGUGUUGGAACUGUUGAGUCAGGGAAGAUGACGAAGGAUCUAGCGCUCCUUGUUCAUGGAUCUUCAAAGGUCACAAGAGGCGAUUACCUGAACACUGAAGAGUUCAUUGACGCUGUUGCUGCGGAGCUCAAAUCAAGGCUGGCAGCCAACUGAACUUCCAAGAAAACUUCGUCCUCACCAGUGCUUCAAUAGGCAUUGCCCAACGAUUCAAGUCAUUUUGGUUAUGUCGCCAUUAUCUGUCGCGCUUUUUUCAUGAACAGUACGAGUUUUACUGCACCAUCGCAAAUUAUUGUCAAAAUGCAAGCAAUUAUGUAGAUGCUGAUGUUAUGUAAGUGGAGCUCUAAAUAAAGGACUUAUAGAACGAUUGUUCACCUCU